ACAGUCCUAUCACGAUAACACGGUCGGUCAUUGAUCCCAGAUUUAGAUAAACUGGGCACAUAACGGAUUACGGGAAAUCGCGAUUUAAAACGCCAUUCUGAAGUAGAAUAUAGAGCCAAAACGACGUUGGAUAACACUAUGCACUAUGCAUUCACUUGCAGUCAAAACACGGAUUAAGGUUACUGUGUUUUAUUUUUCUGCCAGGAUUUGUGACUUUUGGAUUGUGUGUUUAGCAAUGAUAACAUUGGCAUAGAUAGCGGCAAUUGGUUGUUGAUUAAAUACCUCACAUCUACGUCGGACGAGAAAAUAAACAAUCUUUUAAAUAAAGGCGAUCUUAAUUAUAGCAUCACAGGCUGAUCAUUAAAUGCCGGAGGUGAAGUUAAAACCCCCCAAAGACCCUCCCCAGCCCAUAGAUGAGGGGUGGUCAUGGUUAGUUCUAGCAGCUGCAAUGAUUGCAACGUUUCUUUGGGGAGGCGUGGUUAGAGGAUUUGGGGUGCUUUUUGUGGAGAUGAAGUCUGAAUUUCGGAUGUCUGCCUUCCUAAUAUCGCUUGUGGUGGCGCUACAUAUCGCUCUGUUUACCAUCGGAGGUUUGGUAUCACUUACCUACGGUGUGCGGUUCCUAACGACCAGACAAUGCCUAGCUAUGGGAACUGUGUUAGCUGUAUUUUCGUUUGUUUUCUCCAGCCUGGCAAAAGAUGGGCGGUUUCUAUUUAUAUCAUAUAGCUUAAUUCUAGGCCUUGCCUUUUCAAUAGUAAUAGGACCAUCCACACUUCUAGUAUCACAAUACUUCCAAGAGAAAAGAAACGUGGCAGCCUGGUGUAUUCAGUUAUCUUCGUGUAUAGGAGCUCUGUUGUUUGCACCGUUGCAAAGAAGUUUAAUUGACAAAUAUUUUCUAAAAGGAUCCCUACUUAUUACGGCCGGUAUUCUUGGCCAUUUACUCAUAGCAUCCGCUUUGAUGCGACCACCUGAACUGUAUAGAAAGUGGGAAAAAUUAAAACGAAAAAUUGAGAAAAAGGCAAUGAAAGCUUCUCUUCUGGGUAGGGAUGGAGUAACCAUGGAACCCUUCAGGCCGCGUUCUCAAACUUCAGAUUCUACUUUUUCUCCUUUAGCAAGGCAGGCAAUGUUUAAAAGAAUGAUAUCCAGGAGCGAUAUGGAUGAGGAAAAUACAGCUACAAGUCAAACCGAAAAAUCUCCAAAGCAAAGCAGUAAAAUGGAAACAGAGCAAACAAAAAAAGAGGGUAAAGGAUCAAAUGAUAACUUAAUGAAAAAUCAACAGAAACCAAAACUACAAAGGAAACCUUUAUAUGGAAGUUAUGAGUUUGGAAUUUCAACACCUUUUCUAGAACAACGAUAUAAAUCAAGAAAACGGACAGAAAGUGAUAAAAGUAUCAUUAGUGAUAUCAGUGAGUCUUCUUUUUACUCUGAAAAUUCCACGACAAAGAAUAAUUGUGGAGUAGUAAACUUUGACAAGUGCUUCAAUAGCUCAAUAAUAAAGAGCACGUCAUUUGUUAUUUUCACCAUAGGCUUUGCUUUGGGAAUUUCAACAGUGAUAACUGUGUUAUUUCUUCCAGACAUUGGAACUUCUAAUGAUUUAAGUGACAUUCAGUCUGCAAGUUUAAUCAGUAUAUAUAUGAUUGGAGAGAUACUUGGAAGAGCAGGAGGGGUGUUUUUAUCAUAUCGACACAUAGACGAUUUCUUCAUUAUAGCUACGUCAUUACUUGUAGUAGGAAUCUUCCAGAAUCUUCUGCAAUAUUUUGUUAACUUCUUUCUCCUCCUUAUUUUUUCAUUAGUGAUCGGUGUGUGUGGUGGACCUAUCAAUUCGCUUUAUGCCAAUGUGAUUCAGAGGUCUGUGCAUCAUAAUGAAAUUUCUAGUGGAGGUUGUGUACUACAUAUUGCUCAAGGUCUAUCGUGGACCGUAGUCAUACCAGUUACAGGAAUCUUAAGAGAUUCAUCGGGGAGUUAUUCCAUUCCAUUUCAUUUCCUUGGAUCUUUAGCCAUAGCUUCGGGUUUUGUUGUCAUGAUAUCACGUGUAUGUUUGAAAAAACAUCGAAGAGAAGUCUUCCAGCCAGAUCUAGAGACAGGCGAACUGGAAAGUCACGAAAUUAUCAUACAGUAAACAUCAUUUAAAGCCAUGUAAAGCAAAAUGAGAAAGUCAAGGGAAAAACAGUUUUAUGUCACAUUUGAGGAUUAGUCGCGGAAGACAUUGUUAUAUUGUCGUGCAAUAAAUAUACUUUGUAUUAGCAACAGCAUAGUCAC